UGGAGACUUUGUGUAAAGCAUUCUGGGUAUCACCGAGAGGAAGACGCAUUCAGAGAUUUACAGUAAAUAGGCCUAAGCAGCAGAUAGUGGCAGGUCCAAGCUCUGCAAGCUGGAGUGGUGCAUCAGUAAUCCAGAUAGAGUCUAGUACAGGAGUUGGACAUAGUUGCUGUACAUAUCCUUCAAGACUGAACAGCGUUUCUCACUAUCUGUUUAUGAACAAAGAUGGCUACCUUCGCCAACCACUCAACAAAUGAGAGCAGCGGGCACAGCUGGCGCUGUCAAUUCAAGGAGGACUUCAAGUACAUCCUGCUUCCUGUCAGCUACACUCUGGUCUUCGUGAUUGGCCUAGCCCUGAAUGUCACGGCCAUGUACGUGAUCCUGUUCCGUACAAAACGCUGGAAGCCCUCCACGGUGUACAUGUUCAACCUGACAGUGUGCGACACCCUCUACAUCCUCACCCUACCCUUCCUAAUCUACUACUACGCCGACGAGAACGACUGGCCCUUCAGCGAACCGUUCUGCAAACUCAUCCGCUUCCUGUUCUACGCUAACCUCUACGGUUCCAUCCUGUUCCUGUGCUGCAUUAGCCUGCACCGCUUCCUGGGUGUGUGCUACCCGAUGAGGUCACUGAGCUGGGUCAGCUCCCGGAGAGCCCGGCUGGUGUCUGCGGCGGUGUGGGCGUGUGUGUUGAUGUGCCAGGCUCCCGUGCUCUACUUCUCACGCACCAGGGACGAGGGGACAGAGAGGGUGUGUUUCGACACGUCCAGUCCAGAGUUAUUUCAUGACUUCCUGGUGUACAGCUCGGUGGUGUCUGUCCUGAUGUUUGCCUUCCCUUUCAUGGUGGUGAUGGUGUGCUAUGGACUGAUGGUGAGGAAGCUUCUGGAGCCCACCUGGGGGGCAGGAGGGAGCCAGUCGAGGGGAGUCGGGGGGCUCGCUGCUCAUCGCUCCAAACAGAAGUCUGUGAAGAUGAUAAUCAUCGUGUUAGCAGUGUUCAUGCUGUGUUUCCUACCCUUCCACCUGACCAGAAGUCUGUACUACUCCCUCAGAUACCUGGAGCAGAUGGAUCCCUCCCAGGUGAGCUGUGAGCUGCUGAAGGUGUCCAGCAUGGCCUAUAAGGUGACACGCCCCCUGGCCAGCGCCAACAGCUGUGUGGAUCCCAUCCUCUACUUCAUGGCUGGACAGGGUUUCCGUAGCAACUUCACUAACAGAAGCAGGGCAUCACCAAUGAAACCAGGAAGCGUGACGCCGGCACUCUCAACGCAGCUCUGACCGACAGGAAGAUCAAUCUAUUAUCUGAAUAGCUAUGGAACACAGUGUGUAUUCCAUUGGAAUGGAGAGAACACAGUUGGACAAAGACACUGGAUGGAUGAUUUGACCAUGCUGGUCAUUUAUGAACAUUUGAACAUCUUGGCCAUGGGGCAGAACAGACAGCAAGGAGUCAUCAUGUCAGGUAGUCCUGGGGCAUGGUCCUAGGGCUCAGGUCCUCCGAGAGAAAGAAAGAGAAUUAGAGAGAGCAUAUGUGGGGUGGCCAGUCCUCUUCCGGCUGGAGAUUAUAACAGAACAUGGCCAAGAUGUUCAAAUGUUCAUAAAUGACCAGCAUGGUCGAAUAAUAAUAAGGUAGAACAGUUGAAACUGGAGCAGCAGCACGGCCAGGUGGACUGGAGACAGCAAGGAGUCAUCAUAUCAGGUAGUCCUGGGGCAUGGUCCUAGGGCUCAGGUCCUCCGAGAGAGAGAAGGAGAGAAUUAAAGAACGCACACUUAGAUUCACACAGGACACCGAAUUGGACAGGAGAAGUACUCCAGAUAUAACAAACUGACUCCAGCCCCCCGACACAUAAACUACUGCAGCAUAAAUACUGGAGGCUGAGACAUAUACAGAAUGGUCCUGUAUAUGGCUCCAUCCAUCUUCCCAUCAAUUUUAACCAUCUUCCCUGUCCCUGCUGAAGAAAAGCAGGCCCAAACCAUGAUGCUGCCACCACCAUGUUUGACAGUGGGGAUGGUGUGGUCAGGGUGAUGAGCUGUGUUGCUUUUACACCAAACAUAACGUUUUGCAUUGUUGCCAAAAAGUUCCAUUUUGGUUUCAUCUGACCAGAGCACCUUCUUCCACAUGUUUGGUAUGUCUCCCAGGUGGCUUGUGGCAAACUUUAAACAACACUUUUUAUGGAUAUCUUUAAGAAAUGGUUUUCUUCUUGCCACUUCCAUAAAGGACAGAUUUGUGCAAUAUACAACUGAUUGUUGUCCUAUGGACAGAGUCUCCCACCUCAGCUGUAGAUCUCUGCAGUUCAUCCAGAGUGAUCAUGGGCCUCUUGGCUGCAUCUCUGAUCAGUCUUCUCCUUGUAUGAGCUGAAAGUUUAGAGCGACGGCCAGGUCUUGGUAGAUUUGCAGUGGUCUGAUACUCCUUCCAUUUCAAUAUUAUCUCUUGCACAGUGC